CGGAGGACGGAAACAGGCGGGAGAAAGAAAAGGUGGAGAAGCCGAGCUAGGUAAGAGGCAAGAGGCAAGAGGUAACCAGCAAGAGGCGAGUAAAGACACAGUCGGCAAAGCGAACGGACGAAGGAGAGAGCGAGCGAUAUAGAGAGAAGCUGAGUCUGCGCGAUACAGUUUAUUUGAAGCGGCACGAAGUGGGGAUCCUGGUUGGCACGUAGUGCCGCGUCCUCGACGCGUUUCCAAGCUUUAGUCGCGCGAUCCCGUUCGAAGCGUCGCCGUAUCCGUAUAUCGUGUCGGCUUUCUUCCUCGUCUCUUUUGAUUUCGUUCGAUCGAUCGAUCGAUCGUUCGAUCGUUCGAUCUAUCUCCAUCGACAUCUUGGAGAUUCGAGUCGAAAGAAGAAACGAUCGUUCAUGUAAAAUCGUUUAUAUAUUUCUUUUCUUCUAUUUCUUCUUCUUCUUCUUCUCAUUCGUUAAUUCGUUCGUUCGUAUCUGUCUGUCCCACUCCUUUUUAUUAUAUUUCUUUUCGUUUUCUUUUUUCUUUCUUCUUCUUAUAAUCACGAAUCAUCCUAUUCCCUUUCUCUAUCUUUUUGAGGUUCCUCGUCGUUGUCUCUCUUCUUUUUUCUCUUCUCUUUUUUCUCUCUCUUCUUUUUUUUUUUUUUUAUUCGUACGAUUAAUCGAGUGAAAGUUCCAAGUCACACCAAAGAAGGAUUCGAAGAGAAGGAAAGAUGGUGCCGCCUCGUUUCCGUGCACUCCUCCCCGUCUAUGAGUUUACUAGUUUGUGCGAGUGGGGAUUCGUGUGUUUGAUCGGCAAUCGUUGAAGGGAGAAAGAAGCAAGCAAAAGGAAGGAAGGAAGAGGAGGAAGAAGGAGAAGAAGAGAAGAAAGGAAGGAAGGAGAUCCUCGAGGAUCGAGGAAGAAGAAGAAGAGAAACGAUUAAGAAGAAAAAGAAGAUGUCGUCGAGCGGAGAAUUUUCAACUUUGUCAAGCGGAGAGGCCACUGGUACCGGUGAUGAUUCCUUACCAAGUUCUCGAGAAGCCACCGCGGAAGCUGCUGGUUCCGCUGGAGGUUUUAUGCCUUUGCGCGAUUUCCUUGAUAGAUUCUCGCUACCGAGGGUUGUCAGGGUUGAAGGUGCCGGUGGACGACCAAUUUUACUUUACAAACAGCAGCAAAGAUCUCUCAGGGUAACGGCAACUUUACUUAUGCAUCGUUAUCGUCAUGAUGUCAAGGUUGGACCGGAAAUUGUCAUACCGGAAGGAUAUCCUGGCUGGUUUUCGGUCGUGUCAAACAGCAGCGGUACCGGAAGCGCGCGUGUCUACAGAAGAGUCGGUGCUUUGGUCCGAGCCGGUGUGCCGGCUUUUCUACUCGCAAAGCCGCUGAGAGCGUACACGCUCACGCACUCGAAGAUGGAAAAUGGGAAUUUGCGGGCACAUUACACGAAGACCACCGUACGGGCUGGUGAGGUGCUCCGAUUGACCGCCGUUUUUCAAGACACUCGACGAGCUCCGGUCUCCAACAGCGGCAUAUCCGGCGUGAUAGCUGGCAUUCCGGACGGCAAGAGCUCGAGAUCGUCGGAGAGAGAUCAGUACGCUCAGUGUCUUGAUUCUCAUGGGCACGAGCUAUUUGCUCCGCUCUCGGCGAGAGGCGAGUUUUAUGCCACUUGUCAAAGUGGAACCCUCGAUACUGGAAGCGACGCGGUCCUUUAUAGAGUUCAUCAACUCGCUAGGAGAGACCUACCACUUAGGGUACGUCUAGUGGCUGGGCCUUUACCAAUACCAUUGCCACGAGAUUAUAGUGGAUUGAUGCAAUUGGAAGGUGCGACAAGAGGACCGAUAGUAUUGGGCUGUGCGGUACCACUGAUGCCUGAGAGACCUUUGCCAAAUUCUACGGUACCGGAAUUACUAGAACUCGUAGCUACCGGUCCAACUGCGCCAAGAGUGAAAAGGGCACGAUUAGGAUGUCCUUCGGAAGCAAGGCUAUUGGCGUCUCCGAAAAUGCAACGAUUAUUAUCGGCAUGCAGAAGAGCAUUGGAUCAGAGAGCAACGGAACCACGAGUGGCACCACCGAAACCUUGCAUCAACGGUGGCCAAUUGAAAGAACUUCAUUUAAAGGAAAUCAAAUCUAAGCCUGAACCUAAACCGAUACUUCAAAGUCUUAAAGAAGGUUUAGAACAUAUAAAGAGAAGCACGAUACGAGAUCGUAGCAACGGAAGAAACGUUACUGCCGGUAACAAUCACAGCUUUCUCGACAAAAUCUCGAGGAUAGCCCAAGGUGGUAGAAGCCGGAAUCCAGCGAAAAAGUCAGCGUCCUUCACCUUUGCCGUUAGACCGGAAAUUGGUAUGAGAUCACCGGAGAGAUACGCGAGUCUCGAGUCGGAAACGAAUCUCAUGCAUGCAUCACCGUCUUCGAGGCAUCAGGUUCAAAGAUCGAUCUCAACGAGUGUACUAGAGGUUCAGUCUCAGGCUGAGGCCGAUCCUCCUUAUUCCAAGGUCAGAGAUAGCCUAACGCCAUUGCCACCUACGCCACCACCGAGAACGGAAGACAUCUACGCUGAGAUCUGUGAACCACCGGACAGAAAGAUACUUCGAGAUUCUCCGGAAGAGAAACCACCGCCUCCUCCACCGAUAAGUAAGAAUCAGCAGAGUGGUGGUACCAGGGAGAAAGACAGAGGUUACGUCAAAUUGGCUUUAACACGAUCGGAAGUAUCUGACGUUUCAACGAGUACGACUACCGGAGACGAAGAGGGGAUUUAUAACACCGUUUGUUGAGAAUACUCACGUUACAACAUUUCCUUUUCUUUUUCUUUUCCUUCUUCGGUAAAGAAGAAUGUGGAGAAGAGCGAGCUCGUCGAAGAUUAACCAGUACAUUGAAAAAAGAAGAAAACUUAGAAGGAUGAGAGAGAGUGAGAGAAAGAAAGAAAGAAAGAAAGAGAGAGAGAGAGAGAAAGAAUUAAUUGUAAGAUUGGAUCUUCGAUGAGAAGGUUGUUCGAACGUGGACAUCCUCGACGAGAGGACCGAACAGGAAAGAUUUGCAAGGCCAUUGACCGAAGAAAAUCAUCCAGUAAUUACAGACUCGCGGACGAGCAACGGAUAUAGCGGUUUUCUCCGAAGAUGGCUUUCGCAAUCUGGCUUCCGGUAUUACGGCGAUACUGUCGUCGCGACUACCUCAGACUCGAGUUCAAUGAAAAGAACAUAGUUGCGUGUGUUUAUGGGAAUUCCUUGUCCCGUGCGAAACGUAAUCCAAUGAAUUCUAUCGAUCUUGGGAAAGAGUUGAAAAAAAGAAAACGAAAGUAAUUAAUACGAUCUUCGAAAUAGCAAUUUGCAUUCAUUUUUUUUCUUGUUUCUUUUUUUUCCUAUCUCAUUAAACGACGAUCUUAUUUUAAAAGGACGAACAUUCAUAGAAGUUCAUUGGCGAUUAAAAAAAAAAAAAAAGAAAGAAAGAAAAAGGAAAAAGAAAGGAAAAGAAAUUCGAUGAAAACGGGAAAGAAAAAAAUCGAAUCGUAGAAGACCGAGCAAGGGUGACAAUUAAUCUAUUAACUCGUCAUGCUCGAUGAACGUUCGCUUCCUCUCUUCUUCUGGUUCGUGCUGCUCGAUUGAAAGUACUUACUUACGAAGCGAAGUAUCGCGUGACGGCUCGCGAUUGGUUCGCUCUUUCAAACGUAUAUCUUUACGAAGGAAGGCCCGGCUUGGUUGUUCGGUCUUCGUCUAGAAUCACAGUUUGAAGCGCUUCGAGGAAACUGCCAACCCUCGUAUGAUGGAGCGUCGGAACGGAGAUUGUGGAAAAAAAAGUGAGAAACGAGAAAAAAAUACCGAGUGAAUAAGAAGAUGAAGAAGAAGAAGAAGAAGAAGAAGAAGAAGAAGAGGAAGAAGAAGAGAAGAGAACAGAGAAAGAAAGAGAGAGAAAGAGAGAGUGAGAGAGCAACGAAGGUCGAAGGAAAGGUGGGGAGAGGGAAAAGCCCGCCGGGAAGAUACGAGAGAGACAGAGAGAGAAAGAGAGAGAGAGAGAGAGAGAGAGAGAGAGAGAGAGAGAAGCAUGCAUCGAAAAGCUCCGAAGAGAUGUGUAAUCUUCUCUAAUUCGAUGUUCCUCUCUCCUACGUGCGCGCAUACGCGAAUGCUGUAAUAUUACUGUAAUAUUUGUAUGUUUUGUGUAUAUUCCGAGCAUAGAGAAUAUAUUGACGAAGUAAAAAUAAAGAAAAAAAAAAAAAAAAGAAAUAAUAACGAUUU